AUGACCUCCGUAUCAUUUGGAGGCGAGAAUUCGGCAUUGCAGGUGGGGGUCAGCAACGGGUCGAUAUACUACAAUGUUCCAGCAAAGCAACCAGAAUCCCGCCCGAAGCCGCUGAUGACCGUGCCAUUCCCGCAUGAUCCCGAUUUUGUCGGCCGCGAUGAACUGGAUCAACUCCUCGAGAGAUCCUCGAUCCCGGGCUCUCGAACGGUUCUUGUUGGCCUUGGGGGAGUUGGAAAAUCUCGACUCGCCAUCGAAUAUUGCUACCAAGUCCGACAGCGAUCGCCCGAGACCUGGGUGUUUUGGGUUCAUGCCAGUACUGCGGCCCGCUAUGAAGAGAGUGUACGCAACCUCGCCGAUCGUGCAAAUAUUCCCGGGCGACAAGACCACAACGCGAAUAUCUUCCAGCUCUUCGCCAACUGGUUGCAAGAUGGGGAUAUCAAGAAAUGGGUCCUCGUUAUUGACAAUGUCGAUGAUGACGAACUUCUUCGCAAACCGCUAGGGACUUGGGGAGAAGCACGAGAGGCUCAACACCAUAUCCCGACGCGGCCACCACUGAAAUACCUUCUCGAAACCUCGACUGGCUCUAUCGUCAUUACGAGCCGUAAUAAAUCAGUGGCAUUGGAGAUCGCUGGCCACGAAAGAUAUGUUAUCCAUGUGCAACCAAUGGAUCUGGAAAGUUCUCUACUGUUAAUGCAAAAGAAGCUUGAUUCAGACACAGAGAGCGACGGGCUACGUCAGCUUGUCGAAGAACUCGAGUUCAUGCCUCUCGCAAUGGUGCAGGCGGCUAGCUACAUAAGUCACCAUUCACCCCGAUGCUCGGUAUUGCGAUAUCUGGACAUGCUUCGAUGUAGUGAGUCACAGGCUAUGAAACUUCUUAGACGCGAGAGCCAUGUCACACACCGAGACUGGGAGGCAAAAAACUCUAUAUUGUUGACUUGGCAAAUAUCGUUCGACUAUAUCCGGGAGAUAAGGCAGUCUGCGGCUGAUUUGUUAUCUCUCAUGAGCUUUUUCGACAGGCAGGGAAUCCCCGAGAGCAUUUUGAAGGCGCAAGAUAAAAAUAGCGAUCAUCGGGAGGGGAGAAAAAUUGUCUUUUCCACUCGGCGAAAUUUACGCCACUAUGUCCGACGGUUUGGGCAGACUGCGGCUGAUUUGCUGUCUUCCAAAGGCGCUUUCGGUGAAAAGAUGAACCCCAGGAGCCUUGUGCAAGACUUUGCUGACAUAUCCGCGGCUAAGGGCUUAGUUUCCUCAAUGGAAUCCGACAUGAACGACGAUUUCCAGACCGAUAUUACUAUCUUGAUGGACUAUUCCCUCAUUGCCAUUGGGGAGAAUGCGAUGGUAUUUACAAUGCAUCGAUUGGUGCAGCAGAUCGUACGCACAUGGCUGGAAGGAUACGGCGAGCAAGAGAAGUGGAAAGAAUGCUUUAUCAGCAACUUGAACAACGAAUUCCCGACUAGUGAAUAUGAGAAUUGGGAGAAAUGCCGCUCACUCUUUCCACACGUGAGGUCGGCCAAGUCCUAUCGACCGGAAUCACGAGAUUCACUCAAAGCCUGGGCUACCUUACUCUACAAAGGUUCAUGCUAUGCGAAUGUUUCUGGCAACCUUUCGGAAUUCACGGAUAUGGCAGCAAUGUCGAGAGACGAAAGAAUGAAAAUUGGUGGUACUGAUGAUCAAGAUACACUGGAUAGUACUCUGAGAUUAGGAGAAGCAUACCUAGCAAAAGGGUUAUUCGGGGGAGGCAGAGAGGCUUUUUCAAAAGGUUCUGCAGAUCCGUACAAGGAAGCUCGCGAUCAAGGGCGGCACCAUGAAGCAGAGAAGCUCAAAAUCCAGGUUCUGGAGGGUCGCCAGACAAGGCUCGGAAUGGACCAUCUCGAUACGAUAGAAAGCAUAAACAACUUGGCGGUUACAUAUACGCACCAAGGGCAGUACCUUGAAGCAGAGAAGCUCGGGGUACAGGCGAUCGAAGCUUACAAGAAAAAUCUUGGACUUGAUCAUCCCGACACGCUGAAAAGCAUGAGCGACUUGGCGGCCACGUAUUACGAACAAGGGCGGCACAUUGAAGCAGAGAACCUCCAAUUACAGGUUCUGGAGGGUCGCCAGACAAGGCUCGGAGUGGAUCAUCCCGAUACGUUAGGAAUCAUAGCUAACUUGGCGGUUACAUAUAUCUACCAAGGACGGUAUGAUGAAGCAGAGAGGCUCGGGGUACAGGCGAUCGAAGCUUACAAGAAAAGUCUUGGAAUGGAUCAUCCAAACACGCUGACAAGCAUGGGCAACUUGGCGGUUACAUAUGCCUACCAAGGGCGGUACCAUGAGGCAGAGAAGCUCGGGGUACAAGCGAUGGAAGCUUGCAAGUUAAGGCUAGGGAGGGACCAUCCCGACACGCUAUCAAUUAUGGUCAUCCUUGCUUACACCUGGUAUCACAUGGGCCGAAGUGCCGAAGCAAUCGAUUUGCUUAGAGAUUGUCUAAACAGACAGGAACGAGCGCAAGGUUCAACUCACCCCCAUACCUUAGCAACUUCCCGGGUUCUGCUAGAGUGGGAAGCCAGGUCCAGGCUCUCCGAUGCGGCUGUCUAA